AUGGCAGCCGGAAUACGCCUCCGUUGUUUGAGGCUCGUUUUGAUACAGUCGAAAUAUUACCUCGAAUUAUUGACAGCUUCCAUUUGCUCCAGGAGAUACCAAUACCAUGGUAUUGAUCCAGCAAGAACUAUAGCGACUCAAUUCGGCCGAAGCGAAGCGAUACUUGGAGAAGCUGUAGGACCUAUUGUUAGUACCAACUCCCUCCUAUUGCAGAAUCCUGAUGCUAACGAUACUACCCUUGACAUCCAGAUUUGCUCGGUUUUCCACGGGACACUCUUGACACCACUGGCCUUGGUUGGGUGGAUGGGAAGGGCCUGGGACACCGACUACACAGCACCUGACAGUAACACUCCCAAACUCGACUGGCCUAGGUUGGGUGGUUGGGACGGGCCUGGGACAUCGACACCCAACUAG